GAUGGGCAGCGAGUAGACUGGCCCUCCUCUCCCCAAGCACCGGGUUUUCCCCGCUUGGGUCAGGACCGGGGUCAGGGGUGGUGUCCAGGCCGGGCGCCCUGCCCAGCGGGCGGGCUCAGGACCCCAAGUCACCGCCGCGGGGCCAAUCCCGCCUCGGGGGCGCACCCGCGCUGCCUUCCGGGCCGCGGCUUUCUCCAGGCCGCCCCGCCCCUCGGCCUCCGGGCCGCCCCCGACCCCCACUCGGACUCGGGCUCGGCCUGGCUGCGGCGGCGGCGGCGACUCGGCCCGGCUCCGCCGCGUCCGCGAGCCCCGGAGUGGGCGCGCGUGCUGUGUAGCCUGUCGCCUAGGUGUUCGGAGGAUGUUAAAUCAUUCCCACUCUUGAUGAUCAGUGUUGGCUGGCCUAGGUGGACACUGACCGUGUGACUUGACCGGGACGUGGCAGCAGCUGUGGGAACAGGGAAGAGGCAGGGACAGCCUUCCACCGUGGAGAACCCAGGUGUCACCUGCCUCACAAGAAGAUGCUGCGUGGAGGGGGCAGGCCUGGCACAGGUGUGCAUGUGGGCGCAGUGCUAGGAGUGCUGUGGUACUGCCUCGCAGGAGCAGUGGAGGUCCAGGUCCCUGAAGACCCGGUGGUGGCCCUAGUGGGCACCGACACAACCCUGCGCUGCUCUUUCUCCCCCGAGCCUGACUUCAGCCUGGCGCAGCUCAACCUCAUCUGGCAGCUGACAGACACCAAACAGCUGGUGCACAGCUUCACCGAGGGCCGGGACCAGGGCAGCGCCUACGCCAACCGCACGGCUCUCUUCCCCGACCUGCUGGCUCAGGGCAAUGCGUCCCUGAGGCUGCAGCGCGUGCGCGUAGCAGACGAGGGCAGCUUCACCUGCUUCGUGAGCAUCCGGGACUUCGGCAGUGCUGCGGUCAGCCUGCAGGUGGCGGCCCCCUACUCAAAGCCCAGCAUGACUCUGGAACCCAACAAGGACCUGCGGCCGGGGGACGUCGUGACCAUCACAUGCUCCAGCUACCGGGGCUAUCCUGAGGCCGAGGUGUUCUGGCAGGAUGGACAGGGUGCGUCCUUGACCGGCAACGUGACCACGUCGCAGAUGGCCAACGAGCAGGGCUUGUUCGACGUGCGCAGCGUCCUGAAGGUGGUGCUGGGCGCUAAUGGCACCUACAGCUGCCUGGUGCGCAACCCCGUGCUGCAGCAGGACGCACACGGCUCCGUCACCAUCACAGGGCAACCCAUGACAUUCCCCCCUGAGGCCCUGUGGGUGACUGUCGGACUGUCCAUCUGUCUUGUGGCACUGCUGGUGGCCCUGGCCUUUGUGUGCUGGCGAAAGAUUAAACAGAGCUGUGAGGAGGAGAACGCAGGAGCUGAGGACCAGGAUGUGGAAGGAGAAGGAUCCAAGACAGCCCUGCAGCCUCUGAAACACUCUGACAGCAAAGAAGAUGAAGGUCAAGAAAUAGCCUGACCACGAGGACCAGGGAGCUGCUGCCCCAGCCCAGGGCUCCUGUCCACUGGCUGCACUGGGGCCUCAGUGUGAGCCCUGUCCCCAGCAGCGGGGUCCCGCUCUGGCAGGUGUGCAAGUUCUCCAAGGAAUGUGACACACAGACCACCCUGCCAUCUUACUUCUCAACAGACGUGAUUCCCAAAUCAUCCCGCUGCCUUAUUUCUUAGGGACACAGCACACGAUUACCCUACCACUUUAUUUCUCUAAGUCACCCUGCCACCUGCAUUAUUUCUCCAGUGACACAACACAUCUUGCUGUCUUAUUUCUUAGGGACACAGCGAAUACACUUACAGACCACCCCCUCAUUCUAUUCUUCCGGUGCUACGUGGGCCAUCUGGCUGCCUUUUGCUCCAGAUAUUCAGACCGACCCCCUGCCUUAUUUCUGCAAAGACACGAUACACAGUCACCUCUUGCCUUGUUUCUCCAGUGGCCCUGACCCACUGGUCGUGGUUGCUCAGCCUUUCCCCUACACCUGCAUAGAAUCCUGUCUACCCAGACAGGGACACUAAGCCUUGGCAUCAUCUCCUGGAGUCUAGAGACUGUCUCCUGCCUCUUCCCACUCUGGCCCCAAAGUUGGCCUUUUCCCUCCCCACCAAGUGAAGACUGUCCCCUGCCAAUGCCACACAGGUGUGCAGAGACACGCAGCUGCUCGUGCUGGAACAUGGACGCAUUUGGUUUCCCCCACCCAGUCUCCUGUGCCAUGCCCUGGGCUGUGCCCUGUGAGGCCCUCCUCUCUGCCUGCUGUCCCCACAGGAAGCAUGUGCUGGUCACACUGGUUCUCUGGGGGUCUUCCAUGGACCCCUGGAGGUUAGCUUCUAUCUCUGUGCUUUCCCCACCUUUGGAGCAUUGAUUUCUUUUUGUUUAUCCAUUCAAUUAAUGUUUAUUGGGCAAGCACAGGGUUUCAGCACCGUGUUAGGUGUUGAGGCACCAUGUGGGGACAAUCCAUCCAGGGUGUCCCCACCCACCCAGGAAGCAGACAGCUUCUAUGCCUGCAGGCAUGGGGCAGCUCCUGCCUUGCUCCCUGCUGUGCCCACAGCUUUCUGGAUACCUCAUCCCCAUCACACCCCUAUUCCUACCCAGAGCAUGGGGUGGGGGCAGAAACCUGGAGAGAGGAACAUAGUUCUUUGCCACCCUAGGGAAUCACGGUUUCCAGGUGAGAGCAGGUGGCCAAGGCCCUCCAUACCUUGGGCAACAGCAAUACGGGCAGAGCCUGGGGCCUCUCCUGCCUGGCUGGAGCCUGGAGUGGAGCAGGGCUAGGAGGGCUCCAGAACACAAAGGGGACUCCCCCCGCCCCCCACUCUCACCAUGGUGCUAUUCUGAGGCCGGGGCAGACACCUCCUGUGGCCUCUGGCUAGCCCCAGCCCCCAGUAGAGUACAACUUCUGAUAUCCAGUAAUGGAAGAUGUGAGGAUUUCUAAUUUAAAUGUGGGACUCUGAGGAAUUUUAUAAACUGAGGGUGUACUUUGGGAAAAAUAAAUG